UUUUGUGGGGCUUCCAGCCGGUUUAAAGCGUAGCGGCGAGCGGUCCGAUCCCGCUUCUUAACGACCUAAUCGGAUUACCUUCGCUCUCUCCGUUCCGAUAAAUUGUCUGGCGUAGCUCUGGUAGCAUUUUUGUUCUUCUUUUCUCGUUUUCCGUUCGCAGGGGUCGGAGGUCGGGCGGCGAGAGAGAGAGAGAGAGAGAGGUGGGGAGGAGACGGCCGGGAGCUAGGGUUAGGGUCCCUGGUUAUGGGAUUUGAGCGAUGGCGUCGGCGAAGCCACCGGUGGAGCACUGCAAGGGCAUCAACGGCCUCGACAAGGUCGUGCUGAGGGAGGCCAGGGGGAGUUCGGCCGAGGUGUAUUUGUAUGGAGGUCAAGUGACAUCUUGGAAAAAUAUCCAUGGCGAGGAGAUGCUUUUUGUCAGCAGCAAGGCUAUUUUCAAGCCUCCAAAGGCAAUACGUGGGGGCAUCCCAAUAUGCUUUCCUCAAUUUGGGAGCCAUGGAACUCUUGAAGAACAUGGCUUUGCCAGGAACAGGGUUUGGAGUAUUGACACUAACCCACCACCUUUUCCAGCAAACAGUGCCAGUAAUACUUUCAUCGAUUUAAUCCUGAAGCCAUCUGAUGAAGACUUCAAGAUCUGGCCUCACAGUUAUGAAUUCCGUCUAAGAGUUGCUCUGGCACCUGGAGGAGAUUUGAUGCUGACAUCACGCAUAAGAAACACCAGUACCGAUGGAAAACCAUUCUCAUUUACAUUUGCAUAUCACACAUACUUUUCUAUCUCUGACAUCAGUGAAGUGCGGGUAGAAGGAUUGGAGACACUGGAUUACCUUGACAACUUGAAGGAAAAGGAGCGCUUCACAGAGCAAGGAGAUGCAAUUACGUUUGAAUCUGAAGUGGAUAAGAUAUAUUUGAGCACGCCAACCAAGAUCGCAAUUCUGGAUCAUGAAAAGAAAAGGACAUUUGUUUUGCGAAAAGAUGGCCUGCCAGAUGCAGUUGUAUGGAAUCCUUGGGACAGGAAAGCCAAAGCCCUGGCAGAUUUUGGUGAUGAUGAAUACAAACAUAUGCUGUGCGUGGAGGCUGCAGCCAUUGAGAAGCCCAUUACUCUGAAACCUGGUGAGGAAUGGAAAGGAAGACAAGAGCUCUCUACUGUUCCUUCCAGUUACUGUAGCGGGCAGUUGGAUCCUCAAAAGGUUCUUCAAGGUUGAGAGGCUGCCCCGCUGUGUACAUCCUAUAUAGGCACUCUCCUGUUGCAUCUUCCGCAUCAAUGCCCAGCAGUGAGUUCUGGCCGUUUUCGUACCCACUCUUCUUUUUCCUUUUCCCGUCUGAUAGGCUAUGAUGUAUCCCGAGGCACAAUUUCCGUGGAAUAAUAGCAGACUGUUUUACAUGGUCCACAUCUAUCAAUAAGAAAAGAAAUUUCAGCCCAAACCGGAGGGUACAUCAAUUCAAGCAUGACCUGUUGCUUGUUUUUUGUAGCAUAUCAUGUCAUGAAACUUUGUUCUAGAGGAUGAGAAGGAGGGGCAUGUAAAGGUCCAAUGCGCCUUUUUGAAUGUAAUCGUUUUAAUGGGGCUCUUUGCCUUCUGCUGUAGAACUUGUUGACUCACGGUCUGAAAUUUAUACGGCAGUGACGUUCUUCUAUUAACCUGUGCAUUUUAAAAGGUGGAUUAUCACA